GAUCACAACAUUGAAACAAAAUGGAGGCAACAUUUCGGAGGACAAUGACUUCGGUCACAGAUACGUUAUUUCCUGUGUCAAAAUCUGCCAGAGACCCACAGAAACAUCAGAUAUUGAAAGCAGGAAAUGACUAUGUGACCAACCUACCAUUACAGAUGGCUAUUUAUUUCAAUGCAUUCUUUUCCCCUUUCUGGAUCAUUGUUACACUUGUUGGAUUUGAAGUAAAGUACGACUACUUGAACAUCUUGUAUAAAAUCACCUUGGUAGCAGUGUACAUUACCUACACAAUUAUAGAAAUUGUUCGUCUAUACAUUGGAUACAUUGGGAACCUCAUGGAGAGGGUACCAGAGUUAGCUGGUUUCUGGCUUUUGACAUUGUUGAUACAGUUCCCUCUCAUUCUGCUGGUUCUCUUCAACGAGGACGCCAAAAUUUUACCGUUCGAAAGAGCUGUGAAUAUUAUCGAAGCCCUUUUUGUACUAUUUGAAAUCAUAUGUGGAUACAUAGCUAUAAGAAUUAUGGUGAAUUAUCAAGUGACCAAGUUCCAUUUAAGACAGUUCACAGACCUUGAACAAAUGCCAGAUGAUGACUAUUGGUUGGAUCAAGGAGAAGAGGCGCAUGAGCACUAUUCAUAGGUCAAAGGUUUAAAUAUGUGAACAAAUAUAUUUUGGGAUACGCCUGUGCUUAGUUUGAGAUCUUGGCAGGAAGUGUUUUUAAGUAGUUUUUUGUGUAUACAGUUAUUGUUACAUGAGAUUUAUUUAGGAUUAGUAAGAGAGUGCUGCGAA